CAAUCUCAAACUCGCUAUUUCCUCUAAAGAGUCCACUGUGUUUGUGAGAGGCAGUACCGAUGGCAUGUCGUCCUCUGACAUCAUUUACACGGAGCCGACGCUCCCCCAACUCCUGACCGUGGCAUCCUUUUUAUACCUUCUUCAAGUAUCUCGAUGGCUUGCGGAUUUCAUACUAUCGGCUGGUCUGUUAGGUGAAGUAGCACUUGGAAUUAUCUACGGCUCUCCCUUGGCAGGUAUCCUGGAUGAAAGUUGGGAGAAGACAUGGUUGGUUGUGGGAUACUGGGGUCUGGUUCUCAUCGUCUUUGAAGGAGGCCUUGAUUUUACGCCACAGUUGUUUAUACCCGCUCUUCCUCUCGCAACCGUCGCUGCAUUCACAGGUGUUCUCCUACCAAUCGCGUUUUCGUUCGCCAUUCUCUCGGUUGCUUUUGGCUAUCCGCAACUUGACGCAUUUUCCUGCGGUGCAGCGCUCGCGUCAACCUCCCUAGGCACCACCUUCUUCGUCCUUCGAUCUCAAACAAGCAAGUUUGACCUGGGAGCCGUGCGCCUCGGUAGUGUAUUAACUGGUGCUGCUCUUAUCGACGAUAUCAUUGCUCUCGUCCUGUUGUCCGUCAUUACGGCCCUCGGAGAAGGCGAUAAUACAAAUAUCGGAUGGACCAUCGGCCAUCCAAUUGUGGCGAGCAUCGCUCUAGCAGUGAUAAGCCCAGCAGUCACCUAUUUUAUUGUGCGGCCGGUGUAUGGACGAUUUGUUGAGCGGUUUAUCGUUCGAAUUGGGCCGAAUGCGUUCAUGUUCGUCGGUAUGUGCGUUCUAUGCGCUCACUUAGCCAUUGCGAGCUACAUUGGGACGACGGUCCUGCUCGGGGCAUUCUUAGCUGGAGUAAUGCUCGCUGUACUUCCCAGCUCCCCUGAUAGCGAAACGUAUAUCUCCAUUUUCAAGACGUAUGUGGGACCUGUGCAAGAAUAUAUUUUUGCCCCGCUGUUCUUUUCCUCGAUUGGUUACUCGAUCCCAUUUCUAGACCUCUUCACCGCGCGGAGACUUUGGCAAGGACUUGUGUUCUCGAUCUUCAUGACACUCGGGAAAUUACUAGUCGGCGUAUGGAUUCCGGUUUCUGAGAUACGUCUUCGCCGUGUGCCUGCAGCAGCCUCAGAAGACACCAACGAACUUCGUGAACACGCUGGUAGGGAAAAGCCAACAAUGACGAAGGUCAAUCCCGGCGGGAAGAAGAGGGCCAGAUGGUCAGUAAUAUGGCCCGGCAAGGCGUCGGUGGCACCAGCGAUUAUGCUCGGCGCAGCAAUGGUAGCUCGAGGGGAGAUCGGGAUUCUUAUUCUUCAAGUAGCAUACGCUUCCUCGCUGAAUCCCUCCUCGUCAACCACUGUCAUUUCGCAGGACGUAUACCUCAUCGGCGUAUGGGCAGUCUUGAUCUGCACGAUUGUUGGUCCAGUGGCGUUCUCGUUUGUACUCAAGCACUGUGUAAGCGAUCCGCGGCGGUUAGGUAUCCUAGUUGGUAGCCGAUGGGGUCAGGGUGCCGAACAGAGUGCUGUGAAGCGGGAUGGUUGCGCGACUGCCGAUAAUGAGAGUGGGUGAAUGUGACGGGUGGGUGCCGGUAAAUGCUCAUAUACUUUCAGCUUCAGGAGCUUAGAACUUGGGACCGGUUUUCUGCCAGCUACAUCCUUAACUGUAUAGUUCAAUGUGGCGCUUGCACUUCCAGUGCCACUCAAGCAAAUAGA